UACCAGCCGUAACGAUACCAACAUUUUGGCGCGAACCCAUCACCAGGUCAACAAAUAACAAAUAGGAAAAACAAUGAGCCGACAAACUAAAUUGUUUGGAGAUAAGGCUUUUGACCUUCUAAAGGAGCUAGAGAGAUCCUCACAGACCAUUCCCGCCUUUGAUGACGAUGGAGUGCGCCAGGUUCUGGAGGAGAUCAAGGCGAUAUUCGAGGAGAACGUGGCCCAGGCAUCGAGCUACAAUGCUUCUGGGGACCGGAGCCUGUGGCCGCUACUCAACUACAGACAUGCAGCUCUCCAGAGAAACAAGAGGUGCCUGUUAGCCUAUUUAUAUGAAAGAUGCAAAAGGAUCAAGGCCUUAAGGUGGGAAUUUGGACCCAUAAUUCCCGUGGACAUUAAACAGUCGCUAUGUGAACCAGAGGUGCACUUCUUCAACAACUACUCCAAGUCCCUGGCCUCGUACAUGUGCAGUGCGGGCUAUAACCAAGGUUUGCCCAUUGAUCUCACCAACAACCUCCGUCCUCCAAAAUCCCUCUACAUAGAGGUUCGAUGCAUGGAGGAUUACGGGAAAUUCGAGCUGGACGACGGCGAGGUUAUCCACCUAAAGAAGAACAGCCAGCAUUAUCUGCCCAGGGCUCAGGUGGAAUCUCUUGUGCGGCAGGGAAUACUGCACCACAUUGCUUAGAUUAAAUAAUUUAAUAAUGUUUAGUACAUAUAAGUAAAUGGUUUUAAUGGUAUUUUUAGAAAAUGAGCACGAUAAUAAAAAACUACACCGUA